AUGGAGGGUACGAUCUGUAGCGCGCAGUUGACCCCGGAAGAGGAGAGGCUCGUAAUCAGAGACAUCACCAUUGCGGCCGAGGCCCAAUGCAAGGAGGGGGACACGUUCUACCUGAUAACCCAACGGUAAUAAUCACCUGUUUACCUGUGAGCCUGUGGAAGGGAGGGGUCGGAGAGUAUUGUGUUUAAUUCACUUGAUCCGGAAUUUCUUCCCUCUUAUUAUCGGGAAUUAGAUUUUGGGUUAAUCAGCGGUGCUAGUGCUAUCCGCUGCAGCCAUUUAUUUUAUAUUUCGUCGAUUUAUGGUGUCAAAGGUGUCUACGGUGCCUGAGCUUCUUUGAUCUUUGAUCGGCUCUCGGCAAACUCCCUAAUGUUGUGCGGCGGUUCCCACAGGGAAUAUCGAGCUGGCACUGUGGGGUUUGAUAUUAUUCUAUGUCUAUAAAAAUGCUUUUUGUCCAUUAACUGAACCCUUUGCCUCACGUAUUAGAGCCUUGCUUUUGUAUGGCGAGCAGGAAAACUUCUGAAGCCUUCACUCAUGCUGUAGUGCCUCCUUUUCACUCUUUUGUCCUUCUGUGUGAGGGGUUGGAUUGGAGGUUUCCCGCAGAUUCUUGUCUACAUAUCAGUAACCUGGUUUGGUCGGAGAUGCAUUCUUGCUCCGUUGAAGUUUGGAAACAACAAGGCAUUAAUGUUACUGAAGUUUGAGAGUGUUGUCCCUAUUAAUGUUCUGGAUUUCUGUCUUCCUAUUUGUUCAGUAUAGGAACUGAACGUCACUAGUCCUUUAUUUUCGUUGACUGGGUAUCUUUCCCUCUUAGUAUAUGAUAGGUGUAGGAGCUGAAAAUUACUCCAGUAUGCCAAUGCUGCUAUCUUGGUUUUGUUUAUGGAGGAGAUGUGUGCACUUCAGAAUAUUGUGAGAACUCCUUGAUGCAGAAUCGUAACUACCAUCUUGGAUGACUUGGAUAGCUUACUCCCUUUGAUGCAGAUUGUUGCUCGUGUAUAAGAGUUUUUCCGGUGGCUAGCUUUCAUAUUUCUGAAUCAUUGGCACCAUAAUUUUCUUUAAAUAUCUGCACAUGUUGCUUCAACAUUUGGGUUGGAACUUAACAUGCUGGCUUGUUCUGGUUUUGCUGUGCGGAACUUAAUUUUAUACCACUGUGGGACAACCAUGAUGAGCAUAAUCCCAUUAAUCCAGAAUCGUCUAGGAUCUGUUGUGAUCUGUCAAUUGUUUGACUGUAACAAGUUUCCUACAAUGUAUUUUUUAAUACUUUUUUGUAACCUUUUCUUGAGUCUGAUGUCUGAAAUUUAAUCGUCUGUCAGCAGGUGGUGGCAGCAUUGGCUUGACUAUGUCAACCAGGAGCUAGGAAGUUAUGCGAAUAAUGGAACUUCAUCAUAUGGAUCUCAUUAUUACGAAGCUUCUUCAACCGCUCAAAAGAGGCCUUCAGUCAUUGAUAACUCUGAUCUUAUAAAUGAAGCCACCUCUGAAGUGUCAAAUGUGGGAAUUGAACUUCAUGAUGCUCUAGUUGAAGGUCGUGAUUAUAUAUUGCUUCCUCAAGAAGUUUGGAGGCAACUAUAUGGCUGGUAAGUUCUACUCAUCCAUAUUCUGGGAUUGUGUUUCCCCCUGAUUAAUCGUUGUGUUUAUGGUACACUUUGAUCCAGAUAAAAUUCAAAUAUUAAACUUGGUUGUUAGCCAAUUUUUUGCUCUUAUUUUUACUUUAUUCUCCCUAGUAAGUUGUGAUUCAACUGUACUCUCAUCAAAAUUCCAUCGAAUCCAACUAUGGCAGGAUUUGCUUGCUUUGAAUAUUUUUACUUAAAUAGAGCUUCAUUCUUUCUGAAUAUCCAUUCUACCCUUGAUUGGGUUUGAGUAUAGUGAGGAAAUUUUCAUAAUGAGUUGUGAGUUGUUGUUGAAUGGUAAUUUUUUAUGUGCUAGGGAUUAGGAGGCCUACUUGCCAUAAAAAAGGUAAUGCGAUCUUAUCUGUAUCAGGACCUGUCACUGUCUUACUCUGGCUUAUUGCUGUUUACACAAUAGAGGAAUACCUGUUUUCUUAUUGAGCUGGAUAUACUAAAUAUACGUUCAGAUGGAGUACUAUCGCACAGAACCUUUUUGGUCGAAGUGGGAUAGUUGUACCAUUUUUCUAAAAUAAUACAGCUGAUACUCAACCAGCUCAUGAAACUACUUAUUCUAUUGGAGACAACUGCAGGAUUAAUUUUUCUACAUUGCACUUGUGCCAACCAGGUUUUCUAGAAGAUUCAUUGAGGAGCCAUAUUUCUAGAUUCCUGACCAAAUUUGGCAUCUCAUUCACAGAUGCUACCCGCCCUCUGGGGUUCUAAGAAAUUUGAACAAGAUUGGAAGUGUGGACAACUAAAGUCCUCUUUGUCAAGGAUAGAUGGAUUCUGUUAGUCAUCAUUUUGUACAUUUGGUGCCUAUUUUCUUUCAAUUAUGAAAGUGCCUAAAAAUGCGUAGAAAAUGAGCAAACUAUCAUAUUCUUCCUUUUGGCAAGGGGAAAACACAAAAAGCGAACCGUACCUUGUGAAGUGGGGUACAUAUCGUGGAUACAAAAAUAGAGCUGUCGAGGGUUGUUUGAGUUUGAUGCUUUUAGCAAAGUACUCUCUUGGCAAAAUGGUUGUGGUGACUAGUUCUGGGGGAAGCUACUUGGGCAAUGGUCAAAAGAGCCAAAUAGUUUAGAAGAGGUGGGGAACAGAGGAUUUCUCUGAGCUAUCUAACGUCUCUUUCAGUUGUAUUCUCUAGUGUUACAGAAAAUGCAUUUUUUCUCUAAGCUUCUGCGAAGUUUCAAGUGACAACUAUCAGUGUUCUCAAUUUUUGGGAAGGCAGGUGGUGAAAAGUACAGCCUUUGUGCCUAAGUCUGUGAGGUUGUGCUACAUAUCCAGAUAUAAAGGGAAAAAUGAUAAAUGACAUUUACUAGAAGAAUCCGCGUCUUAUCUAGGGGUGAUACUUAUUGCGAGAGCCUUGUAUUGAAGGGAUUGGUUGAAAAUCGUUCAAAAGGAUUCGAAGCAGAAUGUUAGGUUAGAAAUAUGGAGGGGAUCUUCAAAAGGUUAGAAAUAUGUAAGCUUGAACUGUCCAAGCUGCUGAUCUCAGUUAUCCAUCUAUGCUCAAGAUCCCCAUGAUUAUGACAUAGAAGCUAAAGGGGUUGAAGAGGGCUAAUGCUUUUUCAUGGAGUUUGUGAUAAGAAGAAGGUUUCAGGUAGCCAUUCUUUGGAAACAAAAUUCUAACGCGAGUAUAAUGUGGGAAUGAAUCAGAAUGCUUUAAUGUACAAAGAAAGCUGGCGCUUCUACUUUUGUGGAUUUAAAUGAAUUUGAUUAUUACAAUUUCCUUUCCACUAUAUCAUUCUGUGCUACACUUCUGGGCUUUAUUAAUUUUUGUUUUUGACAUAUGCAAUCAUUGUACACGUCUGAUUGUGUCGAUUUAAUUCUUGAUAAUUACUUAUAUUUAAGAUUUUUCUUUAUUAUAUUGAUACUUUUUUAGUUGUGGAAUAAUUUGGCCGAUAUCAAGCAUAUGAAUGUCACGGUCUGCAUGGAUAAUUUUCAAUCAUAACUUUUUUUUUUUGCUUUUAAUUACAAAAAACUCAGUUCAUGGGAUUCCACAUAAGUAUUUCCUUAUUGAAAACAGUUAUCCUGUUGGAAUUGGUCUGUGCCAUUCGAUAAUUGUCAUUUUACUUCUAAGAUAACCUACAACUUAGUUGACAUUAUGUAUGUCUUCAGGUAUGGAGGAGGUCCAAUAUUAGCACGGAAAGCUAUUAGUUCUGGUUCGUCACAGACUGAACUAGCUAUAGAAGUCUACCCAUUACGUCUUCAGUUACUUAUGAUGCCAAAAGGGGAUCGUGCAAUUAUUAGAAUUAGCAAAAAGGUAUGACGAUUGAUUUUAUAUCCUUCUCCCAUGUUAUUUCCUUUCAAUAAACACUAUAAUGCCAUGCUGAGAUUGCAAGCAUGGCCGUCAUUCUUUUCACAUUUAUCCAACACCCCAAAAUUGGUCUCCGGCUGGCUUGGUUUGUUAUCUUGUCUAAAGUGCAAAUGCAAUUUACAGGAAACUGUUGGAGAACUUCAUAGAAAGGCUUGUGAGAUCUUUGAUUUGAUGGUGGACCAGGUAAGUUCUCAAUUGAUUGUCCGUAUGUUUUCCCUGUACAUUUUCAGGUUUCUGGUAUUAAUACAUUCGUUUAAAUCAACAUGAUGGGUAGCUAAUUACUGCUUGUUUCACUUUUCCUCUCUCUAUUAUUCUACUAAUCUAUCUUUCUGGUUGGAUGUGCCAGGUCUGUAUUUGGGACUACUAUGGUCAACAGAAGCAUGCAUUAAUGGACAACAUGGAGAAAUCACUGGAUGAUUCAAACAUACAGAUGGAUCAAGAAGUAGGGAUUUAAGACCUUUUUGCUUCCAUUUUGAAUAGUUUGUUUGUGAUAUCUGCACGAGUAUGCAUGUUAUUCAUUAAAAGGAUAUGGCCUUGGUAAUUUCCUACUGGUUUCUUCCCGACCAAAAUCUCCUCAAUGGGAAGAAAAGGAGGAAAAAAAAAUCAGUGUUUUUAUUGAACAAUAUUCAAGGAUAACUUCUGCUUGUACUGGGUAAAACCCUGGAGAUGGUGCAACCCAUUCCACCUCCACCUUAGCCUAGGCUGAUUUGUGCAGAGCCUCUGGGUGAUGUGCUGACUAUUGUUGGCACCUGACCAACAGCAUGAGGGUUGUCCUGAAAUACUACCAUAUUUCCAUUAGCGUACGAUGGCCCUGGACUCCAGAAAUUUGUUCACUUUUCCUAUCCCUGCUAUAUGCACAUGUUUUCUAUUUUUGGAUUUGAUUGUGGAUGGCCCCAUGUCUUAAAUUAUGAUGGAAAAGAGUGGGAGUUCUAUUUGUUUUGGCUGUUUAAUGUUUAAUUAUCUUAAUUUGAAGUCUAUUCGAUAGUUUUUUUUCUCAUCACAAUUAGCGAGGAUGCUUUGUUGUUUAAUCCUCGGGAAUCCAAGAAUCUUUUUUCUGAAACCAUUGAAAAGUUACAGUCUGAUACUCAGGAAACUAAGAGUGUUCCAUUGACCAACUCAUUAAUUUGUUACCAACAGAUUCUUGUUGAAGACUAUAAUGAUGGAAAUGGUUCAAUGUACAGCAGAUGCUUGAGUUCUGUUCAAGAUAAUGGAUUUAUAGAGAAGGACUCUGCUCCUAUGCUUUUAGAACCUAGUAGGUCAAGCUUAUCAGUUGCUGGCGGUUUAUCUGCUAGCAAGAAUGUUUCAAGGAGCUGUAGUUCUGAGCUAUCACAGGGCCAAUUCCUGGCAUCUCCCAGCAGUGACAUGGAUAAUUUCCAGGGAACAAAUGGCAUGGGGACACGAGGAGCUUCUGUUGGUCUAACUGGCUUGCUGAAUCUUGGUAACACUUGUUUUAUGAAUAGUGCAAUACAGUGCCUUGUCCACACACCAGAGUUUGCCAGAUACUUCCGUGAAGAUUAUCGCCAAGAAAUAAAUUGGCAGAACCCUUUGGGUAUGGUGGUAAGUGUUUGUUGCUGCCAGAAUGUUGAUUGUUUUCAUUCUGUACGUUCCAUUAAUGAGAUCCUAGUUGCUGCUUUCUGACUUAUUGGUUCUUUUUACUUAUCUUGUAACAGCUUCAUAAACCUCCUUUUCCUUCUCUCUCCGUAUUUUAUCAUUUGUAGCUAAAGAAAAGGAAGUGACAUAUGAGGAUUCCUGAUAGAUGAAAUCCAUUUUCCAAAAUGAUUCAUCUCUUCUUUGUUUGGUCCCUGCAUGUUAGAAAAAUCUGUUUUAAAUUUUAUCUAGUGAUUUGUCAUCAAAUCUGCCGUGAACAGUGGUGCAAACUAUGCAAAGGAAAAACGCAACUAGUAUUCACAUCGUAGAUGACUAUUAUACACAAGUACCAGAGUCACAAAACAAGGAAACUACCUAACAACUAGGAAACCAACAAACUGGGAAACGGUCCAACUAAGAAGCGAACUCCUAAUCAUACAUUCUUUCCCGAAAAAUCAGACAUGAUCCCCUCAUGUUCAAUUCUCAGAACAAUACCCAUCCUCUGGUGCAUUACAAUUAAUGGUUGCCAGAGUAUCACAUCAUCCUCUGGUAUAUUUUUACUAUUAUCUGGAUUCACUUGCUUCACAUCUCAGUACAUCUUAAAGAAAUCUCGCCAGAAGUGAUUCUAGAAAAAAAUGUCUGAUUUGUCUGUGAUCUAAAGUUUUUCUCGGCAAUCCAAUCUUACCUAGUUAUAGGCCUUUUCAAAGUCUGAUUUAGUUGUAAAAUUUUUAAUCCCAUAUCUGAUGUAAUUAAAUCCCUUAUAUUUGGGUCCCUGGAGUUGCCAUUGCUAGUUUUGUUGGGAAUGACUUUUAACUCCUAUUCAAAAGAUCAUAGUUGGUGAGGUGACUAGUGUGAAGAAGUCUAUGGUCUGGCGCAUUAAUUGCUUGAGUAACAAGACGUGUGCCUUGGUGAGGCUUUUUGUUUUGCGAUUUGAAUGAAAAUCAUGUUAUACAUCUAUGUACAGUAUGUAUUCUAAAAAUUAUCUCCUAAACCAAUUUUAUUUAGUGAUAUUCAUAUUUUUUGAUUGAUUAGCUCAUUAAUAACUUCUACAGUUAAUCACUGUAGUUUAUUGUAUUGAAAGAUGAACUAAAGGAUUCUUUCAUUCAUUGUCUAAUUUGUCUACUUUUGAUUGUCUAUUUAUGUUUGAUAAUCAUUGAUAUACUUCACCUCACGAAGUAUAAAUUUCGAUUUUUUUUUGUUUAAUAAAUCUAUCGGUAUAACCAUAAAGAAACAAACAAGGGUAAUCUAUUUUAGUGGUUGAGUAACCACCUUUUAAUAAUGCACUGCCAGGGGCCGAAAUACCUUGUCCUCUAGUUGUACCAUAUUGCUUAGGGAAAUGGCUUGAAAGCAAUGGGUAAAGGAAGCAACGUUUAAUACCUGGCUGAUCUUUGGUAUAUUAUGAGUUUCUAUGACUUUCAAAAUUAUGUAAAUUAGCCAAAGAUAUGUGAAUAAAAUCAUAUAUGCACGCUUCUUAUUUGAGAAUACGCUCAGUUGAAGUGAUACAUACAGGGUGAGCUUGCUUUAGCAUUUGGAGAGUUGCUAAGGAAACUCUGGGCUCCAGGGCGCACACCUGUUUCUCCUCGGCCAUUCAAAACCAAACUCGCUCGUUUUGCUCCUCAAUUUAGUGGAUAUAAUCAGCACGAUUCUCAGGUUUGAUAUAGUUGAUUAUUUCCUAAAAAAUUAAUUUGAACUGAAGACAUUAUUUUUCUCAAGGCAACUGUAAGCUCUUUCUACAGGAGUUUUUGGCCUUUCUCCUUGAUGGACUUCAUGAGGAUCUGAAUCGUGUGAAACAUAAGCCUUACAUAAAGACUAAAGAUGCUGAUGGGCGACCAGAUGAAGAGGUUGCUGAUGAGUACUGGGCAAAUCACAUUGCUCGAAAUGAUUCUAUAAUUGUCGAUGUGUGCCAGGUAAGUUUUUUGUCAUUGACACUAUAUUCUAUAUAGUCUUUAAUUAAGUAUUUUUACACCUUCUGAAAACUUUUUUUGCUGAGAGGGAAAUUUUUCAUCAACCCGUUUGGAAAUUUGUUCUUAUAUUUUUGUUUGUCAGUCGGAAAUAUCGAUUGAUUGGUUUUGAUGGACGAGUUUCUCCCUUGGUAUGGGUGUGUUCCUUUAUAUUAUGUAAACUAUCAUUGCUUGAAUCAUACUAAUGGAUCUCCAGUUCGGAUUAGAUCAGGAUCCAUUCUGACACCUGUAAUUCGAUCUGAUUAUCGGAUGUAUGCAGUUUUAGGAGCACACUGAUCAGGAAAUACGAAUUGGAAUUUCAUCUGCUAAUUAAUUGUUCUCAAAAGUACAAGAAUGAGGAAUUUUGGGGCUACAAGCUCGAGUCAUCUGACUAAUUAAGUGGAAUUUUUGUCUCAGAUUAUUUAUUGAUCACCCUCAUAGAUCAGUUAUGUAAAAAUAUUGCCUUAUAUAUGCAGUAUUUUUUUUGCAACAUAUUUUCUCUUGAUUGUUGGGUCAUGUUGCUUUUCUGGUCUGAAAACUUGUUUGUUCUGAUAUGUCUGUUGCAUUUCAUGUUGUUCAUAUUUCUUUUUAAAAAAGGAAAGAAGCAAGUUUGCUGAUCAUUGUCUUGAACCAUGCCUUGGCCUUCCUUGUCUGUUACUGCUUCCAAACUGCUAAUGUUUUCUGUGGGGAGGCUUGGGGUGGGUCUGGGAGGGGGCGGGAGAGAAAGGGGUUUUCAUUUGGGGGUUAGUCCGGCAGUAAUUAAGUUGUAUGAGACCGUACUUUACCUAUUACAGAAGGGAAUGGAUAGGGGUUAUAGUUAUCUGGAAAAAAAGUUAGUGGCUUUUAAAGAGAGAUGAGACUGCAAGAGGCUUAAUUGGGAAAGGAGGAUAAAUUGCUUCAUAAUAGGGCUAAGAGAAAGGUCAGGUUGGGCGGCAGUCAGAUUGAAAAGAGAUUGCUCCAACAUGUGAAUAUCAUCUUCUUCUAGAUAUCUUAACUCUUCAUUAAUCAAUGUUAAUUUAAUUGUUUUGUAUUCAUCAAACAAGCAUGACGCAUUCUACUAUCUGUGUAUUAGUCAAAUAACUCCAAUGACGGGCAUGCACCGUGAUGACUGUAACCCUUGAUCUUGGCGUUUUUUAUCUUUAUCGUCUACCCUUCAUAUUGUAACUGCUAGCUUAUUGCGUCUACACUCAAUACGAAUAUGCUGGGGGUUCUUUCGUCCUAGCACUUUUUGGUCGCAGAAUUAGGAUUUUUUCUUGGUGACGACUAUAUUGAUUUUUCACUCACGAUACUCCAAGAGAGUGGAUGAGUAACAGUUAUGACACAACUGCAUGUCCAUUAUUUUAUGUGGACAGGGUCAAUUCAAGUCAACUCUUGUUUGCCCUGUGUGUGACAAAGUCUCGGUGACUUUUGAUCCAUUCAUGUACCUUUCAUUGCCUCUACAAUCAGCCCAUACUCGGUCCAUGACUGUUACAGUCUUCACCAGUGAUGGAAGCACAUUGCCGACACCCUACACCGUGAGUGUGCCAAAACAAGGUCGGUGCAAAGACCUAAUCCAAGCUAUAACCAAUGCUUGCUCUGUGAAAAAUGGAGAAAGGAUUUUGCUCGCUGAGGUUUGUUUAUGUUGCACCCAUGCUUUCCUGGAGACUGGGGAUGAUUACCCGGAUCUAACAUGAAGAGAACGUUAUAUUCUGCAGAUACGGGGUCACUUGAUCCAUCGCUUCCUAGAAGACCCCCUAAUCUCGUUAUCCACCAUAAAAGAUGAUGACCAUCUCGCAGCCUACAGGAUUCCAAAAAAGUCAGUGGAUGUGGUUUAUCUUCAGUUGAUACAUCGACAUGAAGAACGGUGAGUAGUACCCUUUUCUACUUUAUUUUUUUUCUGGAGUAAUUUAUGCCUGGGUGACAAAAUCAAUACCUUCUACCCGCCUGCCAGCUUGAGUUGUUGUGUGUUUACUUUUACAAGGAAACUGAUUUAAGUUUAGUUAAUUUUUCCUGUUAACCUAUGGCUUUAAUUUAUCAAAUUCUCUUUUAAGAAUAAUCCAAAAAAAAAGUGGACACCUAGGUUUCAGUCUCUGUGCUCACAGUGAAAGCAUUCUUUUAACAAUUACAAGUGGUGCAGCUGAAUAUUAAGUGUUCUCAUUUCAUUUACCAGGGAAUUGAGCAGCAUCACCAGCUCCAUGGUAUGGAGACCUUAUGGUACGCCACUUGUCACAUCAAUCUCACGAGGUGAUGUAAUCACGAGAGGUGAUAUCCAGUCAAUGGUUCACAAAAUGCUCUCGCCUAUGCUGCGUUAUGAAAAAAGUUCUACAAGCUUGAGAUCAGCAGCUGCAUGUAAGGGAACAAGAACCAGUGGAUCAUGCCUAGGCUCUGGUACGAGUGAUUCAUCCACUGAAGAUCACCAGGCCCAUAGAACAGAAGCUUCUACCAAGUUGCCCCUCCAUAUGAUUGAUGAGAACAAUGUGUACAUUGAUUUAUCGAUUGGGGAAGAGAAAACAAUCAGGGUACCCUCGUCGUUAUCAUCAAUGCGUGUCUUUGUCGAUUGGUCCCGGGAGGAUUUGCAAAAGUAUGAUACUUCUGUUCUUGAGAAUCUACCUGAAGUUCUCAAAUAUGGCCCUGCGCCUAAGAAGGCUCGUAGCGAACCUCUUUCCUUGUAUGCGUGUCUGGAAGCAUUCUUGAGGGAAGAGCCCCUGGUUCCUGAGGAUAUGUGGUGAGUUCUUAUCUGCAUCCUAGUUCUCUAUAUUUAGAUUAGACAUUUGCCAACAACUCUUUCAAAAAAAUAUAUCAAUGCCACUGAAUGCAUGAUGUAGUAAAGUGAGACUAUGCAUGCAUCUCUUCUCUAGGAAAAAAAAAAAAAAAAAAAAAAAGAUCUACAUGGCCAUCAAUAAAGUUUCUGAGCUUAUGUCCAGAUCUGGUAUUUGGGCAAUACUCCUUCCCCAAUGGAUCUGUCUUCCAUGCUUUGCAAUUCCAAUAAAUGGCAACAGACCAACUACAGUUUCAGUAUCUGUUCCUCGAGUUAUGAACAAGUUAUUGCUUUUCAGUUUAUAUGAUUUAUAUCUGAUUUCCCAUUGAUAAGCCAUGGCUGGUGAUGGUUGUAGCUGUGGGAAUUGUGAUGUGCCUUCGCUCUUUGAUUCUAAGUUCCAUGGUUGAUUUCUUCCCUGAAGGUACUGCCCACGGUGCAAGGAACAGAGACAAGCAAGCAAAAAACUGGAUCUAUGGAGGCUUCCGGAGGUGUUGGUCAUCCAUUUGAAGAGAUUCUCUUACAGUAGAUCGAAUAAGCAUAAGUUAGAGACAUUCAUCAACUUUCCAAUUCACGAUUUUGACUUGACGAAUUAUGUGGCGAAUAAAGACAGCUCGCAGCGUCAGCUUUAUGAGUUAUAUGCUUUGAGUAACCACUACGGCAGCAUGGCGAGCGGCCACUAUACAGCCCACAUCAAGGUAAGCACUAGCCUCGUGUUGGUUGAGUCUUUGAAUUGACUUUUAGUGACGGUCAAUGAUUUUAUCACUAGUUUCUGCAAGGAUUUUGGCUGUGAAGAAGAUCAUGCGAUCCCGAAAGACUUGAUCUUUUAUUUUUUUAUACUGAAUUCCUUUGAAUCCCUGUUAAUGCCCAGAAGAUUCAUACCAUUCGAAAUCGUCUGUUUUGCUUCCAGAUUGAGAAAAAAAGGAUGAUUUCGAAAUCUAGUAUCCUAUUUUGACCCUUUAUUCCACAAACAUACCACACCGAAUCGGUUUCUGUUGUUCAUCUCGAUUGCUUCCCAGGCAAAUCAAAUAUUAUCGAUGCUUCACAGGAAAUCCUUUCUAUUAUUCAUGCAGAAAAUCAUUUCUUAUGUAUAUAAGAAGAACUGGGCUCUGUUUAUUUUCUUCAACUAUUCUUCACCCACCGUGCAUGGUGCUCUUCUCUCUUCCAUUCUCCUCCAGAUCCUGCAUCAGAAGGGUCGGAUGCAGUCUGUCUCCUUCAUUCAUUUGAUUUCCUUCUGCCCUAACCGAAGAUCUCUUCCUUGCGCAGCUCCUGGAGGAAAACCGGUGGUACAACUUCGACGACAGCCAUAUAUCUCCGAUAAAUGAGGAAGACGUCAAGUCUGCUGCGGCUUACGUUCUGUUCUACAGGAGAGUCAGGGGUGAGGACGCCUUUGUGAGUAAUGAUCUCCACCCUUCUAUUGACUUGAGCGAUAAUCUACAGAGGAUAUAG